GAAAUUAAAAUAACAUGAACUGCAUAAGGUCCAGGAGAAUAGAUGUGUGACACCUGUUCAUUCAACAUUCUAUUUUUAGCAGUGAAAGGGCCGGUUGCCAAAUGAGCCCUGCUAGUUCCCAGUUUUCUUGCUUCAUUUAAUGUAACAACGAGAAUCUAAUCUUCGUCAGAAACCAUGUUGUGAAGAAAUCGUCUACUAAGCAGUGUCCUCGCUCGGUUGCCGGUGGAAGCGUAGACAUUGGGGUUGACAAGUUGCAGGGCUUUCGUUUCCAUGGAAACAAUGUAGAAGAUAGAAAGACGAAAUGGCGACUUUCGUGAGACUGAUGGAAUCAAGGGGCAAAGUUGUCGAUCAGUUAUUCGAAAAAAAGAGAGAUGCCGAAGAUCAAAGAAAUAAAGAAUUCCUGGCUGCACUCAAAAUCCAGUGUUGGUUUAGAGGAACUAAAGUUCGAGCUUACUUGAGAUUUCUUCAUUAUUGUGCCACUACAAUACAAAGACAUUUUCGUGGACAUAAAGGCAGAGAAAUAUACAGACGGAUUGUACAGGAAAAAGUAACCAAGAUGCGCAUUGAUUUCUUCAACAAGCAAGCAACACUGAUUCAGAAACUCUGGAGAGGUUAUUAUAUCCGCAAAUACAUCUACAAUUAUUACAGUCGCAAGAGGUACUUAGAAGGAGUCAUUAUCAAGAAUGAAGCGGUUCGGACAGAGUUGGAGGAGUUUGCACUUAAAUCAAAACAAGAAAAGGAACAGAAAAAAGAGAUGGAAGAAAAGCUUGCAAGAGAAAGAAAAGCUAGAGAAACACAUUAUUACAUCAGCACUCAUCAAAUUCCUGGAGUAUACAACUCACCCUUUUUCCCACCACAACCAUCAGCAAAAGAGAUUGAGCUGAGGAAGGCAAGACCUCUUAGCCACAGAGGCCGGCAGAAGCUGAAAUCUGAUGCAGCACAGAUUCUUAAUCAAUCACAAAGUGUGAAAAUGGUUACAAGGGAGUCAAAGACUGUGCCUCUUCCACCAAUAUCUAUGAAAUCAACAGCAAAAGUACAAGGUCCAUUCCGUACUCCAAACGAGGUGUGGCAGCAGAGACACAAACCUCUUAAUCCAACAUUAAGGGUGGCUACUUCGUACCUCUCGGCAGAGGAUGCAAGAUCUGACAUGAAAGCUGAUGAAUGGGUAACAAGACUGAUAGAUGAUAAGUUUGUUCCAUUUACUCAUCGCGAGCGACCAUAUGAUCCUCUACUACACACAACGUCACAAUAUGGAAGUCUUCCCUAUGGAACUAAGCAUUUCAGAGAAGAAAACAUAGACAGACAUAUUACGCCUUCGAGAUUUCAAACAGUGGCAUCACCGAUUCCCAUUUUCGAACAGUUUGGGAAAACGUACUGAUGCUUAAUAUAAUAAUACUAUUACAUUUAAACAUUAGAUUACCACUUGACAUAAAGAUGGAAUGUUACUCGUUUAACUUAAGUGUAAGGUCCCUCGAUUAAGAUAUAGAAAUUGAAAAAUCUGCCAUUUUUAAAAAAGUAUUUUUGUGAAAUCAUUUUAGUUCACGUUUUCUAGUUGCGCUCUUGAGUUUUAUUUUAAUCUUUGAGCGUACAUUGAACUUUGUAGAUAGAACUAAUCAUGGCGGAUUCUCCUUUGUAAAUAUUCACAGUAAAGAGUCACGUUUUUGAAGUUGAAUUGUAAGAUACGCGAUUAGCAAAAUAGAUGAAAAAAUAAAACGGUGCGGAUUAAUCACUUGAAAAUGGAA